AUGUCGACCAAUCGCCGCGGCGUAGGUCUAAACGCCUUCUCCAACGCCGCCAUCUCAUCCGAACAGUACGCCCGCCAUGGCCAAGCUCUACGCACCUCCCACGCAGAAGCCCUAGCAAACCAACUCUCCGUCUUCCAAGCAGCCCUGCACAAUUGCUCCCUCACCCAUGCCAAGGACAUCCGCUCCAACCCAACCUUCCGGGCGGAAUUUGCCAGAAUGUGUAAUGCUAUCGGCGUAGACCCUUUGGCAGGAAGCAAUGUGAGGGGUGCAGGUGGUGGCUCGGGCAAGGGCAGUGCGUGGGCGAAGAUGCUGGGUAGCAGUGUCAAUGACUUCUACUUCGAGCUUGGGGUGAGAGUGGUCGAGGUCUGUAGGGAGACGAGGGGUGAGAACGGAGGUAUGAUUGCCGUGUCUGAUGUGCAGAAGCGGGUGGCGAAGGGCAGGGCGGGUCUGGUUGGUGGGGGCAUGGAGGUCACCGAAGAUGAUAUUUUACGUGCCAUAGAGAGUCUGCAGCCGCUCGGUGGUAUGUUCAAAUUGACUGUCUUGGGGGGCAGCAAGUUCAUUCGCAGCGUGCCCAAGGAACUCAAUCCGGAUCAGGCGAAAGUGCUUGAAGUGAUCCAGAUCCUGGGACACGUUACUGUGUCUAUGCUUCAAGCGAAUCUGGAUUGGGAACGAGCUCGAGCGAUCACAGUUAUCGACGAUCUGGUUGCUGACAGCUUGGUCUGGGUUGACUCGCAAGCCGACGAGACCGAGUUCUGGAGUCCGGCAAGCAUGCAUGAGGGUGGGUGA